AUUGCAUUGUGGGAAGGGCAGCCGGUGCCGUCGCUGCCAUUUUAGGGAAGUCCCGUAGCUGCGGCCUUCGCGUCUGAGGGGGCGGGGAAAGCCCUUCGUGGCCGUUGUGAACACGGAAGAUCGGUAUAAGGCCUACCGGGCCCGCUCCCGGACUCCUGAACUCGGCGGAGCUUUGAGACAGCGGGGAGAGAGAAGUGAGGGAGCGCGAGGCGGGGGUUAGGGGGGCCCGUAGGCGAAGGCGCCCGAGCCAACAGCGUCGUCAGCCCGCAGAGAUGGGCCGGUCCCGAAGUCGGAGCUCGUCCCGCUCCAAGCACACCAAGAGCAGUAAGCAUAACAAAAAGCGGAGCCGGUCACGGUCGCGGUCCCGGGAUAAGGAACGGGUUCGGAAACGCUCCAAGUCCCGGGAGAGCAAGAGGAACCGGCGCCGGGAGUCGCGCUCGCGCUCGCGCUCCACCAACGCCGCCGUGUCCCGCCGCGAGCGGGAGCGCGAGCGCGCCUCGUCCCCCCCGGACCGCAUCGACAUCUUCGGGCGCACGGUGAGCAAGCGGAGCAGCUUGGACGAGAAGCAGAAACGCGAGGAGGAGGAGAAGAAGGCAGAGUUCGAGCGGCAGCGAAAGAUUCGACAGCAGGAAAUAGAAGAGAAGCUCAUUGAGGAAGAAACAGCAAGAAGAGUAGAAGAACUUGUGGCAAAACGAGUAGAGGAAGAAUUGGAGAAAAGGAAGGAUGAAAUUGAGCGAGAAGUUCUCCGAAGGGUAGAAGAAGCUAAGCGCAUCAUGGAAAAGCAGUUGCUCGAAGAACUCGAGCGACAGAGACAAGCUGAGCUUGCAGCACAAAAAGCUAGAGAGGAGGAAGAGCGUGCAAAACGUGAGGAACUAGAGCGAAUACUGGAAGAGAAUAAUCGAAAAAUUGCAGAUGCACAAGCCAAACUGGCUGAAGAACAAUUGAGAAUUGUUGAAGAACAAAGAAAGAUUCAUGAGGAAAGGAUGAAACUAGAACAAGAGAGACAACGUCAACAAAAAGAAGAGCAAAAAAUUAUCCUGGGCAAGGGGAAGUCCAGGCCAAAACUGUCCUUCUCAAUAAAAACCACCCAGGAUUAAAUUGAAAACUGAACUUUUUACAAAGAGAAAUGGAAAAACUUUGUAUGGUAGCUUCAUGUUGAAGUGGUUUUUUUUUUUGUUUGUUUGUUUUUUUUGUUUUUGUUUUUUUUUUUAAUUUGGAAAAAUCUGGAAAGUUAGCUUGUUCUAAUAGGGGCUGUGCUCUGCAACUUUUUUUUUUCCUUUUUAACUUCCAUUAAGUCAAAUCCUUAUCAGAUCAUUGUUGUCUUCUAAAGAGUGAUAUUUUCACUCAUUUUAAUUCUGUAUUAGUGGUCUGAAUCAAAUCAGGUCACUAUAUAAAUUGUGGAUGGUCUGAUAAGGUUUUUACUGACCCACUCACCUCAGAGUUAUUAUACUCUGUUUAUUAGACCAUAAUGCUGGUUUUGCUGA